GGUGGCUGCCAUACCGAUUUCUCUGCCGGUCGAGACAACGGAGAGGAGAGGAGGGGGAGACGGCAAGGAAGGGACAGGUGGCACGGGCAGAGGAGGGUGGGGGAGGGCGAAGGAGGGCGGGAGCCGCUCAGCACGUGCAGUCCGCCUCGGGCGUGCCGGAAAGUGCAGGGCACCAGGGCGCGGCUGCGACGCGGGCAGCGGGUGGCCGGAGCCGAGGGCCGUCUUCAGGGGCCCCUGGUCGAGCACGCGCGGGGAGGGCCCGAAGGAUGGAUCCUGCAAGCCGAGGGCCGGGGAAGAACGCCAAGGUCGAAGACGUCGGCCCGCCAGCGAGGCCUCGCGGGGCGAGGCGCGCCUUUUUUCUCUGCAGCCGGCGCGCGCACUCCAGGCCGCCUCGGGAGCUCCUGGCCGAGGUCGCGGAGGGGCUCUUGGGUCGAGGGGCGAGGCGAGGCGCGCUCGGGUGAGGCCCUGGGCGACGUCGUCGCCCCCCGUCGUCGCUGUCGAUAAGGCCACCCUCGCCCCUGCAUCCCCCCUACGCGCCGCAGCACCUCGCUGCGCGGCCGCCAGUCUCCUGGGCCGCCCAGCGGGCCCCCGGCUAAUUGCGAAUUAACCGCCUCGCGGAAGAAGGGGGGGGGAUUCUCCCC